CGGUGCGCGGUCACGCACAAGUCCUGCUGUCACGAGCUUGAUCCAGGCAGCGGGGUGAAGGCUUGGAGAAUUUGCAACGGGCACAAAUUAUACGAUCCGUCUUAUUUAGCCAAUUUAGAGAGAACGGGUAUAUUUUUUCUAUCACCGGCUGGCAACCAACCAAUACAAUUAACAGUGUUGUUUGACUCAACCUGUGAUGUCUUGCGGUAUUUGAACGCAAUUUGCUAGCCAGCUAGCUAGCUAGCUGCCGAGCUAGCUGUGCGCUGCGAGUGACUUAACGGCCGGACGGAAAGCUGCAAAAAUGCCUGCUGUAUCGAAAGGAGAUGGAAUGCGAGGAUUAGCUGUUUUCAUUUCGGACAUAAGGAAUUGUAAAAGCAAGGAAGCAGAGAUCAAACGGAUCAAUAAAGAGCUGGCCAACAUUCGCUCCAAAUUCAAAGGGGACAAGGCUCUUGAUGGCUACAGCAAGAAGAAAUAUGUGUGCAAGUUGCUGUUUAUCUUCCUGCUCGGCCAUGAUAUUGACUUUGGACACAUGGAGGCCGUCAACCUGCUGAGUUCCAACAAGUACACAGAAAAGCAGAUUGGCUACCUAUUCAUCUCCGUGCUGGUCAACAGCAACAGCGAGCUGAUCCGUCUGAUUAACAACGCCAUCAAAAAUGACCUGUCCAGCCGCAACCCCACUUUCAUGUGCCUGGCUCUUCACUGCAUUGCCAACGUCGGCAGCCGUGAGAUGGCUGAGGCCUUUGCCAGUGAAAUUCCACGCAUCUUGGUUGCUGGUGAUACCAUGGAUAGUGUGAAACAGUCAGCUGCCCUCUGUCUGCUGCGGUUGUAUAAAACAUCCCCAGACUUGGUGCUGAUGGGGGAGUGGACAUCCCGCGUGGUGCACCUUCUCAAUGACCAACAUAUGGGUGUAGUGACAGCAGCCAUCUCACUUAUCACCUGUUUGAGCCAGAAGAAUCCAGAUGAGUUCAAGACCUGUGUUUCCCUGGCGGUGUCUCGACUCAGCAGGAUUGUGUCAUCAGCCUCCACCGACCUGCAGGAUUACACCUACUACUUUGUUCCAGCACCAUGGCUGUCUUGCAAACUUCUGCGUCUGCUGCAAUGCUAUCCUCCUCCUGAAGAUGGCGCUGUAAAGGGCCGCCUGGUGGAGUGUCUGGAAACCAUUCUCAACAAGGCCCAAGAGCCACCCAAGUCAAAGAAAGUACAGCAUUCCAAUGCUAAGAAUGCUAUCCUGUUUGAGGCUAUUUCUCUUAUCAUCCACUAUGACAGUGAGCCAAAUCUGCUGGUGCGAGCCUGUAAUCAGUUGGGCCAGUUCCUGCAGCACAGAGAGACUAACCUGCGUUACCUGGCUCUGGAAAGCAUGUGUACUCUGGCCAGUUCCGAGUUUUCCCAUGAAGCAGUCAAGACGCAUAUUGAGACGGUCAUAAAUGCCCUAAAGACUGAGAGGGAUGUUAGUGUUCGACAGAGAGCGGCAGACCUGCUGUACGCCAUGUGUGAUCGCAGCAAUGCCAAGCAGAUCGUAGCCGAGAUGCUCAGCUACCUUGAGACAGCAGACUACUCCAUCCGAGAGGAGAUGGUGCUCAAAGUAGCCAUUCUAGCCGAGAAGUAUGCUGUCGAUUAUUCAUGGUACGUCGACACCAUUCUCAAUCUCAUCCGCAUUGCUGGCGAUUAUGUCAGUGAAGAGGUAUGGUACCGUGUCAUCCAGAUUGUCAUCAACCGUGAUGAUGUGCAAGGCUACGCUGCCAAGACGGUCUUUGAGGCCCUGCAAGCCCCCGCCUGUCAUGAGAACAUGGUGAAAGUUGGCGGCUACAUUCUUGGAGAAUUUGGUAAUCUCAUUGCUGGUGACCCCCGUUCCAGCCCCUUGGUCCAGUUCAACCUCCUUCACUCCAAGUUCCACCUGUGCUCUGUGCCGACUCGUGCUCUACUGCUGUCGGCCUACAUCAAAUUCAUCAACUUGUUCCCAGAGACCAAGAGUACAAUCCAGGAGGUUCUCCGUUGCGACAGCCAGAUUCGUAAUUCUGAUGUCGAGCUGCAGCAGCGUGCUGUGGAGUAUUUGAAACUUUCUUCGAUUGCCAGUACCGAUGUCUUGGCCACCGUUCUGGAGGAGAUGCCUCCUUUCCCCGAGAGGGAGUCUUCAAUUUUGGCUAAACUGAAGAAGAAGAAGGGUCCUGGUGCAGUAUCUGUGACAGACCUGGAAGACAACAAACGAGAAGGCGGGGAGCUGAAUGGAGGCGGUGAACGGGGCCCGGACACAGCAGCCAUGGCUGCCUCCAAUGCUUCUACCCCGUCCCCAUCAGCAGACCUCCUUGGCAUCCGAUCUGGACCCCCUGUUGGCACAGCUCCAACCAGUGCUGGCAGCCUGCUGGUGGAUGUGUUCUCUGAAGCAGGCCCCGCUGCACCUUCCACUGCGGUGAAUGACGAUGGCUUCCUAAGAGAUCUGGAACAGCCCACCUCUGAGACCUCUGACUCCCUAUUGGUGGAGGGUUCUGGUGACUCGGACUCUGCUCCUCCCUCUGAGGAUCCUGCUCCCCCUCUGUCUGACGCUGAUGAACUUCUUAACAAGUUUGUGUGCAAGAACAAUGGUGUUCUGUUUGAGAAUCAGCUUCUACAGAUUGGCAUCAAAUCCGAAUACCGUCAAAAUCUGGGGAGAAUGUAUUUAUUCUAUGGGAACAAGACAUCAGUGCAAUUCGCCAGCUUCACCACUACAGUCAACUGUCCUGGAGAGCUUCAAUCACAGCUUAAUGUUCAGACCAAACCAGUGGAGCCACUGGUGGAGGGAGGAGCCCAAAUCCAGCAGGUCCUCAACAUCGAGUGUCUGACUGACUUUUCUGAUGCUCCACUGCUCAACAUCAAGUUCAGAUAUGGAGGAGCUCUGCAAAACCUGACCCUCAAGCUGCCCGUCACCAUCAAUAAAUUCUUCCAACCGACUGAAAUGUCCUCAAAUGAUUUCUUUCAGCGUUGGAAACAGCUGAGCCAGCCUCAACAAGAAGCACAAAAGAUAUUCAAGGCCAACCACAGCAUGGACACAGAAGUACUUAAGGCUAAGCUUUUGGGACUCGGAGCGGCCCUGCUGGACAAUGUCGAUCCAAACCCAGAGAACUACGUGUCUGCUGGAGUGAUCCAGACCAAGGGUCAGCAGGUUGGCUGUCUGUUAAGACUGGAGCCCAACGCCCAGGCACAGAUGUACCGACUGACGCUGCGCUGCAGCAAGGACUCUGUGUCAAAGCGUCUCUGUGAGCUGCUGGCCCAGCAGUUCUAGAUUUGCAAGAGCUCCAGAACUUUAUCAAGACCAGUCCUCCCAGCACCCCCACCAGCGAUCUCUCCCCUCCUGUCUCUUCCCACACAUGUCCCUCCAGCAAAGGAUCUUAAAAAAAAACCUACAUAAGGGAAAAAGCAGCCGCUGUUAGCAGCAGCGGCCAUAUUAUUGUCAUUAUUCUAAUUCAUCUUCAAUUUGUUUAUUAACAUCAUGCAACAUUACGUUUGUUUUUGGUGUUUACCUGUGUCGCGGCCAGGACUGUGCGAGUGUGUGUGUGUUUGUAUGUGAGCAUGUGUAUGUCUGCUUUAUCCUGGCUGCUGUGUAUUACUGAUGCUUUGUGUACAGUGUGUGUGGGUGGAUGUUUGCGUUGAUGUUGAUCAAUUGGGAGAUAGUAUUCAUCAUACACAUGCCUCUAUCUUCUCCCAAGCCCUUUACACACACAUAUAAUUCCUUGUGGCCCAAUAAUGAAGGAAGAACCUGCUCUCUGUUCAUUUGACACAUUCCCUGUGAUCAUAGGCCAGUGAAAAUGCACUUAAGGCUUUUUGGCAUGAGUCCUGAGUGUGACCAACCUGAUUUUUCUGCUCUGAAAUGAGUCAACUCGAUGCUUUGUUUGGUAUCAAUGUGUCUGUAAAUAAGCGGCAGUGUGUUUACUUUAUUGCGUUCAUAGACAUUCCCAUCAAGCCCGGGCUGCCCAUGUAGAAAGAUGGAAGUCAGUGGGAAGGAACGUUUCCACUCCUUAUCCACGGCUCUGCUGUGUAAACCUAAAAAAUGAUGUUGAAGCUGCUAAUUGUCUUUUUGAGACAAGCGUCAUCUGUCAUCAAACAGCUUAUUUGCUUCUUUUUUUUUUUUCCAAAGACAAAACUUUAAAGGCGAAUGUUUGUCGUCACCCCCAACAUACGACAAAUAAGAUAUGCUCCACUUGCUGCUUCAUGGUCAGUAUAGAACACAAUAAAUGCAGCAUACAUUUUUUUUCCAGCAUUUGGCAAGGACCAUCCAUCUAUCCCCGUCUAGAUAGCGUUAUUCUUUGAUUCACAGUUUGUGUCUUGGGCUUCCUGAGCAGCAGUGGUGAUGUACUGUAGUGGAAGAAUACUAGACUUGUCCAUUAUAAUUACAGAGGACUCUAUAUGUGUGACUGGAAGCAGGUAAUACAACAGACAAAGACAUUGUCAUAUUACAAUCUAUGGCUGCACGGCAGUCACAAAUCAUUGUAGUGAAAAGCUUUUUUUGUCAUUCUGUGAGUGUGUGUGUGCGUGUGUGUGUGUUGUCCACUGGUUAAUGCAGCCUCAUGUAUUUGAUGUUUAAAAGAAAAUGUCCAAUACCUGUGUUAGAAUUAAGAGUUACUCUGUAAUGAAAAAUGUGAAAGUAAAACUAUGCCAUAUAUCUGA